GCGGGCAAGGCCAUCGUGUCGCGCCAGUUCGUGGAGAUGACCCGCACGCGCAUCGAGGGGCUGCUGGCCGCCUUCCCCAAGCUCAUGAACACGGGCAAGCAGCACACCUUCGUGGAGACGGAGAGCGUGCGCUACGUGUACCAGCCCAUGGAGAAGCUCUACAUGGUGCUCAUCACCACCAAGAACAGCAACAUCCUGGAGGACCUGGAAACGCUGCGGCUCUUCUCCCGGGUGAUCCCCGAGUACUGUCGAGCUCUGGAGGAGAACGAGAUCUCCGAGCACUGCUUUGACCUGAUUUUUGCUUUCGAUGAAAUCGUGGCCCUGGGCUACCGUGAGAACGUCAACCUGGCGCAGAUCCGCACCUUCACGGAGAUGGACUCGCACGAGGAGAAAGUGUUCCGCGCCGUGCGAGAGACUCAGGAGCGCGAGGCCAAGGCGGAGAUGCGCCGCAAAGCGAAGGAGCUGCAGCAGGCCAGGAGGGAUGCCGAGAGGCAGGGCAAGAAGGCGCCCGGCUUCGGGGGCUUCGGCAGCUCGGCUGUGUCCGGGGGCCCCGCUGCGGCCAUGAUCACGGAGACCAUCAUCGAGACGGAGAAGCCCAAAGUGGUGCCUUCGCCUGCCAGGCCCUCAGGUCCUAGCAAAGCGCUGAAACUCGGCGCGAAAGGCAAGGAGGUGGACAACUUUGUGGACAAGCUGAAAUCGGAAGGGGAAAACAUCGUGAGCUCCGUCGGGAAGCGCUCCGCGGAGGCAGCCAAAGUUCUCGCUCCUGCUGUCAACACGGAGAGCGUGCACAUGAAGAUAGAAGAGAAGAUUUCCCUGACCUGUGGCCGUGACGGAGGGCUGCAGAAUAUGGAACUACAUGGCAUGAUCGUGCUGCACAUCUCCGAUGAGAAGUUUGCCCGGAUUCGCCUGCACGUGGAAAACGAAGACAAGAGGGGGGUGCAGCUACAGACGCACCCGAACGUGGACAAGAAGCUCUUCACCGCGGAGUCGCAGAUCGGCUUGAAGAACCCCGAGAAGUCCUUCCCCCUGAACAGCGACGUGGGCGUGCUCAAGUGGAGGCUGCAGACCACCGAGGAGUCCUUCAUCCCGCUCACCAUUAACUGCUGGCCGUCGGAGAGCGGGAGCAGCUGCGACGUGAACAUCGAGUAUGAGCUGCAAGAGGAGAGCCUGGAGCUGAACGACGUGAUCAUCACAAUCCCUUUGCCGUCUGGUGUCGGGGCCCCGGUGAUCGGGGAGAUCGACGGCGAGUAUCGCCACGACAGCCGGAGAAACCUCCUCGAGUGGUGCCUGCCAGUGAUCGAUGCCAAAAACAAGAGCGGCAGCCUGGAGUUCAGCAUAGCAGGGCAGCCGAACGACUUCUUCCCAGUGCACGUCUCCUUCGUCUCCAAAAAGAACUACUGCAACAUACAGGUUACCAAAGUGACCCAGGUAGAGGGGAACAGUCCCGUAAGGUUUUCUGCUGAGACCACCUUCCUGGUGGACAAGUACGAAAUCCUGUAGUGCCGGCUGUGGGGAAUCGCUAAGGAAAUUUUUAAAUUAAAAAAAAAA